AUGUCACCCCUGGUCGAGCUAACUACGCCGAACGAAUACCACAUCCCGGACGUGCUCGGUUCUAGCAAGGAAGGCCCAAUCCGUUCUGCCCCCGCCUACACAAUCACUGGCCGUCAGAAGGCGAGACUGCCGCAGUGCAUCACAUUUCCCGGUCCCGGCCAUUACGAUUCCAAAAUUGAUCCGCUAGUGAAAAAGGCUCCGAUGUUCUCGAUGGCCACCCGCUUCCGCAUACCGACCGAUGAAACGAUGAAGCCGGGACCGGCAGCGCACCAUCCGGAGAAGGUUAAUCUGGGCCACGUGCCGUCGUACAGUUUCGGAAUAAAGCAUUCGGAGUACCUUGGACAGUUUCCCGAACCGACACGCUACCGGAAUCAGCUAAUCUUCUAG